AUGUUCAGCCCGGACGGGGGGCUGCCGCCCGCCCCCUUCGGCCUCCUGCCCGACGCCGGGCCGCCCUUCCCUCGCAGCGGCUUCGACGGGGCGCCCGCCCAGCCUCUCUUCUUCCCCUUCACCGCCGAGCCCGAGGCCAACCGCGACCCACCGCCGGCCCGAGCCUGGCUGCCCCCCCCCUCGGGGCCGCCCCCCAAGGUUGAGCCUCGUCCGAGCCGGCCAUGCCGCCAGCCAGAGCCCGAGCCCCGCGCUGCGGCCUGCUGCGGACCGGCCUGGCCCGCACCGCCCUGGGUCGGGCCCGCCGGCCCCGCCGCCUCUCCCGGCCCGCCAUUCCCCGGCCCUGCUGCCGCUGCCUUCCCCGGUGCCCAGCUCUGCCCCACUGCCCUGCAGCCGGGCUCGGGAGGCCUCUCCGGGCUGGGCAGCAGUGGCAGCUCCAGCGGGGCCGCCAGCGAGGGCGGACACUCCAGCGACAGCGGCGACGAGGAUGCGCCAACGUCGGAAGAGCUGGAGCAGUUUGCCAAGGACCUGAAGCACAAGCGCAUCAUGCUGGGCUUCACCCAGGCUGAUGUGGGGCUGGCCCUGGGCACCCUCUACGGGAAGAUGUUCAGCCAGACCACCAUCUGCCGUUUUGAAGCCCUCCAGCUCAGCUUCAAGAACAUGUGCAAGCUGAAACCACUGCUGCAGCGUUGGCUGAAUGAGGCAGAGAACACGGACAACAUGCAAGAGAUGUGCAAUGCAGAGCAAGUGUUGGCCCAAGCUCGGAAGAGGAAACGCCGGACCAGCAUCGAGACCAACGUGAAGGGGACGCUGGAAAGCUUCUUCCGCAAGUGUGUGAAGCCCAGUCCACAGGAGAUCUCCCAGAUUGCUGAGGACCUCAACCUAGACAAAGAUGUGGUUCGGGUCUGGUUCUGCAACCGGCGUCAGAAAGGCAAACGGCUGCUGCUGCCCUUUGGCAACGAGGCAGAGGGUGUGAUGUAUGACAUGAACCAGUCCCUGGUGCCUACCACCCUGCCCAUCCCAGUGACGUCCCAGGGCUACAGCCUUGCACCCUCCCCCCCUGUCUAUAUGCCACCCUUCCACAAAGCUGAGAUGUUCCCUCAAACGCUGCAGCCUGGGCUCUCCAUGAACAACAGCAGCCACUGA